AUGACAGAAGAUCCUCCACGACGCAGGAAACGCGGGAGGCGGUCGAUGACGGGAUGCCGCACCUGCCGCGCGCGCCGCAUCAAAUGCGAUGAAGCUCCCACCCAAUGCAACAACUGCGCCGCCGCAGGACUGAAGUGCGAGGGUUAUGACUUAAGUGGAGCUGUGCCUGGCCUGGGUGCCGACCGCGGACGAGAGACGGUGCUUCUCCUAUUUCCAAUAUCGCUCCAUCCCAAGCCUGGCCGGAUUCUUCGAUUCCCAGUUAUGGCAGCAACUCGCUCGGCAGAUGAGUCGCGCGACCCGGCCGUGUACCAUGCCGCGAAUGCGCUAAGCGCCCUCCACGAAGACUCCGAGACGACCAAGCUGUUGCUGGUAGGCGAAAACCUCCGGCGACCCCUACAUCGGUUCGCGCUCGAACAGGCUAGCAGAUCGUUUGCCCUCCUCAACCGACGAUGUGCUUCUCAGGAUCCCGAACGCCUCGAAAUCGUACUGCUAUGCUGUCUGCUCUUUAUUCUCGCCGAGUUGCUAUUGGGACAGUAUACCAGAGCGCUGCAGCAUUUGCAAGGUGGUCUCCGGAUAUUGAAGGAGGCACCGCACACCUCGAAACAGCGUAUCCCCCAUUGCGUUAUCCAGGCAUUUCGGCAGUUGGACGUCCAGUCUGCGCAUUUCGGAUCCGGCCCAUUCUUAUUUGCGAACGACGGCCUCAAGGAACUGUCCGACGCGGACUUCGUUCGCCCCCUCCACAAUCUAGAAGAGGUACGGCGCAAUAUGAAUUCCUUGCUACUUGCUGGUAUCCAUUUCCUCGCCAAUCGCUGGCGGCUUUCCAGUGCCCAGGUCCAGGCCAAUUACAGCAAGUUAUGCCUCAGGCAGCAGCGGCUUCUGUCCCUAUAUACUCGUUUCCGCCACCAAUUCGAGACAUUCUACGAUCGCUAUUAUCCUAGUUUGAGUUACAGGAGGCAGCAAAGCGCGGAUAUCGUUCGAUUACAAUAUCGUAGUCAGCUCGUCGCGAUCAAGACUUGUCUUAUGAAGAAACCUGUGCCUAAGGACUUGAUACCCGAAUAUGAGGCUCUCCUGUUAGCCCAUGAGGCAUACAUGGCCAAGUUCCCGGAACGUCCGACGAUUACCCUGGACUUAGGAAUUAUUCCAGGGCUUCAUACGGUGGCUGUUAAUUGCCCGCGAUAUUCCCUCAGACUCAGAGCAAUCAAAGCCUUACUUGCCUGGCCCCAUUAUGAAGGUAUCAUCAGCUCGACCUUCGCCGCUUCGAUAGCCAUCGUGUCUCUAAAGGCGGAAUUGGAGGCCACAAACCAGCAUAUAUCCUCUAUUAUCGGUGAGCCAGAAGAGGAACUUGCUCGGUAUCUAUUUGACACGGUGACGUCUACACAGAAUAUCCCUAACUGGACAACUGUCCGCGCUUCUCGAUUCUUGGAGCAUUACAAGGAAACAAAACCAUCGCCUACCCCUGAAAGUGAGCAGAAGUCCGAAUCCAAUCGACAGAAGAAACUAGUAUAUCGCUAG